CUGGGUUUCCCCAUCUGAGGACAAGGGUCAGUUGGACAGAGGCUGAAAAGACCGAGGAGGGACUGGACACAAGCCGAAGGUCAGAGAUCUUUCCAUUUACAUGGCUGCUAUCGGAGUUUAAUUUUGGAAACACAGAGAAAGUUGAGCUCCAAAACAGAACAGGAAGAUGAAGCUGUUUGGGAUCCUCCUGCUUUGCGUGGCUGCGUUUCCUAGAAGUCUGCAAAGUGAUACCAACGGCUGCAUCACCUCCUUGAAAAGGGACAUCCUGAAGCUGAUGGUCAAAUGGGAAGAUGCCACUUGCCUUCAAAACCAGCAAGGUCUGCCCCCAAACCUUCUCCAGACUUUGCCCCGAAGUUGCAAGGAGAUCAAGACAGCGCUGGAAGGAGCCGCUGAUGGUCUCUAUUUUCUGGGGACGGAAGAAGGGGAGAUCUACCAGACCUUCUGUGACAUGACCACCCACGGAGGCGGAUGGACAUUAGUGGCAAGCAUCCACGAGAACAACAUCUAUGGGAAAUGCUCCCUGGGAGACCGCUGGACCAGCCAACAAGGGAACAACGCCAACUACCCGAGCGGAGAGGGCCACUGGGCCAAAAACUCCACUUUUGGGACGGCCGUGGGUUCGACCAGUGAUGACUACAAGAACCCCGGCUACUAUGACCUCCAAGCCAAGGACAUGGCCAUAUGGCACGUCCCCAAUGACAGUCCCAUGAAGGAAUGGCGGGACGCGGCCAUUUUGAGAUAUCACACCGAGACCGGCUUCCUGGCGGCGGAAGGAGGCAACCUUCUCAGGCUCUACCAGCAAUAUCCGGUGAAGUUUGGCAUCGGGAGCUGCCCAGCCAACAACGGCCCGGUUGUGCCAGUCGUCUAUGACACUGGCAAUGCACAGCAGACCUCCUUUUACUAUUCCCCCAAUGCGAGAAAAGAAUUCGUCGCUGGAUUUAUUCAGUUCCGGGUGUUUAACCACGAGAAGGCAGCUCUGGCGCUUUGCGCUGGGGUUAAAGCCACCGGCUGCAAUACGGAGACGUUCUGCGUCGGCGGAGGAGGCUACUUCCCGGAAGGCAGCCCGCGUCAAUGCGGCGACUACGUGGCGUUCGAAUGGGACGGCUAUGGCACCCACACGGGUUGGAGCGUCUCCAAAGCGCUCCUGGAGUCCGCCAUGCUCCUCUUCUACCGAUGAUGAGUCCCUUGCGCCAUAUAAAUCCAUACCUUCAAAAGCACCGAACGCCAGGAAACAUGGGAACAUGGGGGACGUCGUCUUUCUGCCUGCGCACCUUCAUAGUCCAUAAGGACAAUAAAACGCGGCUUACGCAAGCCUUUUUGUCUCUU